AUGGAGUCCCCCGUAGUCUCACCGCGAGACGGAAAUCUUUUCCGAUCAUUCGGCUUCGGCCCCCAGUGCGCUGUUCCCUAUCCCACUGUUCACCAGGCCUUCAUAGAUCAUGCGAGGCAGUAUCCCGACUCCAUCGCCGUCUGUGAUCUCUCCCACAACAAAUCGGUCGAGGUCACAUACGGUACGCUGCUUCGAUAUGCCCAGUUCAUUGCCCUUCGACUUCAAAAUCAUGGUGUGGUCCCUGGCAGCAGGAUUGUCCUUGUCACAAAACGGAGCGUGGAGAUGGUCGCAGGUAUUCUAGGCAUCCUCAUAUGUGGUGCGCAGUAUAUCCCCCUUGACGGCGCUGUUGUGCCGGACCAGACACUGGAACAUGCUGUGAUUCAAUCCCAGAGCUCAGUAGCAUUGUCUACGGGUGCCUUCAGGUCGAGACUGCAUUCGUUUUCACAGCUAUCCUCGGUUCUGGUUCUGGAGGAACUACUCGCUGAGGCGGAGCAUACGGGCUUCCGGGUGGACCCCUCUCGUUUGAUUUGUGAGGGCGAUGAAAGUUCAGGGUGCUAUGUGAUCUACACCUCUGGUACCACAGGAACCCCGAAAGGCGUCGAUGUCACGCACGGCAAUGUUACAAACGUCGUCUGCCAUGCGCCCGGCAAUCUGGGCAUGUCUCGUGGUUCGAGAGUGGGACAAGUAUUGUCCAUCAGUUUCGACAUGGGUGCUUGGGAAAUUCUGGGCAGCUUCUGCAACGGCGCUACCUUGGUUUUGAGAGGGUCCGAUUGGCACGCGGCACUGCAACAGGUCGAUACGCUGAUCUGCACCCCGAGCAUACUCCGGCGAUACCGUCCCGAAGACUUCCCCAAUAUCCGAUGCAUCGCCACCGCUGGCGAGCCAUGUUCUCAGAGUCUCGCCGACAAAUGGGUGGCAAACGGAGCAACCUUCUACAACUGCUGCGGCCCAACAGAAAUCACCAUCAUUAAUACCAUGCAUAGACACAAACUAGGCCAGCAAUUGACCAUAGGAAGACCUCUCCCAAAUACCAGCGUGUAUAUACUGAACGAUAAGCAACUUCCAGUUGCGAUUGGAGAGGUCGGGACUAUGUGGGCUGGUGGAGCAGGAAUCACAAGGGGGUAUCUCGGACAGCCCGAGAAGACAGCUGAGCGCUAUCGAUAUGAUCAUUUUGUAGAUGAUGGUCACUCAAUGAUGUUCAAUACUGGUGAUUUGGCCCGGUGGCUUCCAGAUGGGAACUUGGAAACGCUGGGACGCAAUGAUGAUCAGGUCAAAAUCAAGGGCUUCCGUGUCGAACUAGAUGGUGUCAGUGCGUCAUUGGCCUCUUUCCCGGGUGUUAUGGAGGCUACCGCCAUCAUGGUGGAAGGAGACCUCGUCGCAUUCGUCACUCCUCAGGCCCUCGAUUCGCAGGAAAUACAGAUCCACUUGAAGGCGAGACUGCCAUACUAUGCUAUCCCAACGCAGGUGCAUAGGGUGGAUUCGUUUCCACUGACGCCAAAUGGCAAGGUCGACAAACGGGCCCUCGCCCAGUUGUGCCGCCCCAAAGAGAAGACAUCACAAUGUGUUACGGAGAUACUAGACGAGAAGAAGCAAAUCGUUUUGAGUUCUUCUCGCGAAACCGUAUCAAGCGGAUCGGAUUCUUCAGAAUCACUCCACAAGCCCGUGCCGUUGGCCGAGAAGAAAAACCGGAAGGUCAUUCGGGGACUCAGAUACCGAAUCUUCAUUGUCUACCGGAGGCUUUUCACGCUUAUCUGGCUGGCCAAUAUUGCUGCCCUCUUGUGCGUUCUCCUCAUUCCAAAGAUUGGUCCCCGGUCGAUCUCAACAAUCGCCUUCGUCAACCUCACCAUUGCCGUCCUCGUCCGCCAGGACGCUGUCAUCAAUAUUCUCUACACAAUCUGCUGCUCUGUACCAAAGUCAUGGCCGUUGGCGAUCCGACGCCGGUGCGCAAAAAUCUAUCACCUUGGUGGAGUGCACUCGGGUGCUGCAAUGGCCGCUACGGCCUGGUUCGCUGGCUCGAUCGCUUAUAAUAUCUACAACGAAGUCGACGAUGCCAAAGCAAUUGCGAAAGUCUCACCCGCAACCCUCACUCUUUCUCUAAUCGUGUUACUUCUCCUAUUUGCAAUGAUCGGCUUCGCAUAUCCGACCUUUAGAAAGCAGCGUCACAACAUGUUCGAGCGCAUCCAUCGCUUCUUCGGCUGGACAAUCCUCGGCAUCAUCUGGAUCCAAACAAUCCUCUCCAUUCGGGACCAGCGCGGCACACAAUCAUUGGGUCAUGCCGUCGUCUCUUCUCCCAAUUUCUGGAUGCUCCUCGUCAUUACUGCUAGCAUUGCAAGCUCGUGGAUAUUCCUCCGAAAGGUUCCCGUCGACGCCGAGGUCCUCUCUAAUCACGCCGUGCGGCUACACUUUGACUACACGAUGCCAGUCAACGGGUCGUUUACCCGGCUCUCCGAACGGCCUCUAUUCGAAUGGCACUCAUUCGCAACAGUCCCCGCUCCAACAGAAGUGAACGGUAGACCGAAGGGGUACUCGCUAGUAGUCUCUCGUGCAGGGGACUGGACAGGACGGCAGAUCAGCAAACCGCCCACCCACCUGUGGGUUCGUGGUAUUCCCACCUGCGGCGUGAUGCGCAUCGCAACGCUCUUCAACCGAGUCGUACUAGUAGGCACCGGCUCAGGUAUCGGUCCUCUCCUCGGGCAUAUCCAAGUCCCAACAUGUCCGUUCCGGCUGGUCUGGUCGACGCCAAACCCCAUCGAUACGUUCGGGAAGGACGUUGUGGACGCGGUGUACGCCGCGGAUUCGGGGGCGAUUGUGCACGAUACGAAGAAGCAGGGCCGGCCGGAUUUGGUCCGGCUGACGUGGGAUGCGGUGCAGGAGUUCCAGGCUGAGGCCGUGAUUGUGAUUUCGAAUGAGAAACUGACUAAGAAGGUGGUUUAUGGGAUGGAGACGAGGGGCGUUCCUGCUUAUGGGGCUAUCUGGGAUAGUUAG